AUGUCAAAUACAACCUAUGUUUCAAGGCCAUCUGUAAACGAAACUGUCAAACUUACAAUUCAUCAUAGGGGAGAAUCCAUAUAUCAUCUUGUAAAGUUAUACGUAGGUACAAUUGUUUCUGAAAUGAAGUGGGAUUUGGAUGUGGACUUAAUGUCCUUUAUGGACCUUGAAUCCAUGAUUACAAGUGAAGGAUAUGGCCAUAUAAAAUGUCUUUGGUAUUGGAUCCAUGCGUUAUCAUUUACUCGAGGCCUUCGACCGUUGAAUAAUGACCAAGAUAUUCUAACCUUCAAUGAAGAUGUUAAAGGAUACAAUGUCAUUGAUGUUUAUGUUGAGAAUCCAAUUGAAAUACCUGUGUUGUAA